UUUUACUUUCUCUUCCAACUUUUUUUCUCUUUGCCUUGUCAUUUUCCGCAUUGACAACCAUAUCUUCCGCCAUCAAUAACUCAAAACCAACAACAGAAAGCAGUUCUGGCACGACACUCAUGGCUAUGCCAGACAGUAGGUCGGAGCCAAACUUGCACCGCACAACCACACAGCUCAUCAAAAAUACAUUGAUACAUCGGCCAGAUAGAAAUGUCUGGAUUGUAUGCUGAAUAUUUCCAGUUUUGCGGCCAUUGGAGGAUUCUUGUUCGGUUAUGACGUUGGCGUAUUGUCAGGAUGCUUGCUCAUGGAAGACUUUCAAAAUCGCUUCAUUAACGACCAAAUCUCAAAAACAUUGCUCGUGUCUGUACUAAUGGCCGGUGCUUUCGUUGGAGCACUCUAUUCGGGUCCGCUGGCGGACUACAUCGGCCGUAAACGAUCCAUCAUCAUUGGAACAGCAGUCAAUAUUCUUGGAUCCGUCAUUCAAACAGCUGCUACAGAUACUAGUAUGAUGAUUGUCGGUCGUGUUAUCGGCGGUCUAAGCAUUGGCCAAUUGUCUAUGCUUGUCCCUCUAUAUCAAUCAGAAAUCGCUCCAAAGGAACUUCGUGGACGACUUAUCACCAUGCAACAGUUUGCCAUCACUGUGGGAAUUGCUGUUUCAUUUUGGAUCGAUUAUGGUACGAUAAAUUGGGAAGGCUCCAGUUCAUGGAGAUUUCCAAUGGGUAUCAGAUUGAUCCCAGCUUUCAUCUUGUUGUUUGGAAUGAUUUUCAUGCCCUAUAGCCCUCGCUGGCUGAUGGCAAAAGGCAGAGAUCUCGAAGCACUAAAGACCAUUGCAUUCCUCCGAGGAAACGGUAGUCUUUCUGACCAAACAGUUCAAAUGGUGUUUACUGAAAUCAAGCAAAGUGUCGUCUUUGAACAAAAAUACACCUCGCAAACGUACUGGGAAAUCUUUCGCUCUGGCCAUGAGCAUAAUCGAAGGAGAAUCUGGUUAGGAAUUGCUGUACAAAUUUUUCAACAACUCACUGGUAUCAAUGUUGCUGUCUACUACGCCGCUGAUAUAUUCCAAUCUGCUGGGGUAUCUGGCACUACUGCUGCAUUAUUUGCCAAUGGCGUGGACGGCAUGGUCAAUGUUAUUGCCACCAUUCCCACCAUCUUCUUUAUUGAUAAAUGGGGUCGACGCCCAACUUUAAUAUCUGGGGCAAUUUCCUGUUCGGCUUGUAUGCUCAUCUUGGCCAUCGUAUUAGCUACACACGGUUUAACUGACGGAACUACAAAUGACAUACCAAUACAAGAAGGCACCGGUUCCCUCUCUUUAUUAUUCACCAGAAACUCAACUGUAGUGGUCAUGGUGUUCUUAUACCUUUUCGUCGCCUGUUAUGCCUACAGUUGGGGGCCCGUUGGAUGGAUUUAUCCCGCCGAACUUUAUCCGCAACGAUUACGUGCCAAAGCUCUUGGUAUAACCACCGCUGCAAAUUGGCUAUUUAACUUCGCCAUCAGUCAACUGGCACCACCAAUGCUUAGUGGCAUUCAUUGGGGAACCUAUCUUGUUUUCUCCAUCUUUUGCGGCCUGAUGGCGUUGAUGGUGUACCUCGAGUUCCCUGAAACAAAAGGAAAGUCACUGGAAGAGAUCGAUUUGAUAUUCAGCGGUCAGCUGAAAGAUGAUGACCUAGGAGUGCACCAUCCUGCCACCGCCGCGGCAGCCCUCGCUCAGCUUGAACGUAUGAAGUUUAGCGAAAAAUAUUCAAACAGAGAAACGUCCUUUGGAAAUGCCAUCGAAGGAGCUCUCAAAAGAGUUGCUGAUGAAGGCGCCGUCAAUAACGAAGAGUUGGAACUUACUCCACUCAAAAAUAAUGUACCAUCACCAUCCCCAUCUACUACUUAAAGCUGAGCUGGCAAAAUAUGUGCUCUUCCCUAAUCCUUUUUUUUUUUUCUUCAAUGUAUGUUCAAGGACAUUACGCUGCAAAAAGAGAACCAACCCAACGAUGUAAUAUCCUCCCCCACCCAACCCCCUUUUUUUUUCUGAUAAUCAUGUAAUUUGUGCACUUAAUACGCUUGAUUUGCAUUUUUUUUUUCUUUACCUCACCACAUAAAAACGUUUUUACACUCUCUAUUUCACGGCGGCGUUAAGCUAUUGGCAAAAAAAAAUUUAUUAUAU